AUGUCUAAUUAUCAAAAACCCCCAAAUCAAGGCAUGUUCAAACAAAGUCUAAUAGACUUUGGAAAAGAUCUGACUGAGUACACCGGUCGCGCACUCAGUGAGACCGAAUCCAACAAGGAAGAUACGCACAAACUCUCGGACACAGACAGAGAAUCUUAUGAAAGCGUACACGCACCUAGAUUCUCUCUGUCGCGUAGUUCAAUUGGAAUACAGAAUCAGCCGCCAUUGCAGAUCACGCCGCGCGAAGAAGGAAACGUCUUCCAAGGGGAAGAGAGCGAGUUCUCGGUGGACACGAUAAACAAACCGGACGCAGCUCUGAUAAGCUCCCUACUGGAAUGCGUCCAGGAAAUAGAAAUUGUGAGGACGAGAUCGUCCAACCUCCAAGGAGGAUAUAAAAGGAAACUAAAAAUCGCGGAAGAAACGAUUAAAGAAGUAAGCUCCGAAUUUACCGGAAGGAAGAACGGAAAGAAGACUAAGACUGAGAACCUAGUACUGAAAGAAGAAAAUAGCAAACUCAAAAAAUACAUCGAAGUUCUAGAAAAAAGAAUUACAGUCCUAGAAAACGCAGUCUACAAAGAAAAGAAAGACGAAGGGAAAAUACCUUACACCACUGACCCUCAGGAACACCUGAAAGAAAUAAAAGUAAGCCUAGAUAGACAAAUGACGGAUUUCAAGACCGAAACCAAGGAAAUGCUGACUAUCGGUCUUGCAAACAGAAGUCAUGCCCCUGGAAAAGGAGAAAGUGCUAAAAACAGCACAAUCACAAAAGAUAGAGCCAAAGAUAAUUUAAAUAAACCAGCAGAAACGGCUCCAACAAAAUGGACGGAAGUAAUCGGGAGAAGGAAAAAGAGCAACUCCAAAGAAACUGCAAAACAAGACGAAAGACAGGUGACGAAGUCUCGCGACACAGAAGCAAGCAGGCAGACUACAAAAAAGAAAACUCCGGCGAGAGUAGCCAAAGACCGCGCCGUAAUCCACAUUAUAAGGGAGGAAGGCUGCGAAGUAGACUACGCGGAAAUAAUGAAAAUGGCCCGCGAGAAGAUAAACAUCCAGGAUCUGGGAAUCGGAGGAUUGAGACCGAGAACCUCAUUAAACGGUGGGCUCAUCCUAGAGAUCCCAGGGAAAGAUAUGGAGCAAAACACUAACGCAUUAGCCGGAAAGAUUACCGAACUUGUCAAAGGCAUGUUCAAACAAAGUCUAAUAGACUUUGGAAAAGAUCUGACUGAGUACACCGGUCGCGCACUCAGUGAGACCGAAUCCAACAAGGAAGAUACGCACAAACUCUCGGACACAGACAGAGAAUCUUAUGAAAGCGUACACGCACCUAGAUUCUCUCUGUCGCGUAGUUCAAUUGGAAUACAGAAUCAGCCGCCAUUGCAGAUCACGCCGCGCGAAGAAGGAAACGUCUUCCAAGGGGAAGAGAGCGAGUUCUCGGUGGACACGAUAAACAAACCGGACGCAGCUCUGAUAAGCUCCCUACUGGAAUGCGUCCAGGAAAUAGAAAUUGUGAGGACGAGAUCGUCCAACCUCCAAGGAGGAUAUAAAAGGAAACUAAAAAUCGCGGAAGAAACGAUUAAAGAAGUAAGCUCCGAAUUUACCGGAAGGAAGAACGGAAAGAAGACUAAGACUGAGAACCUAGUACUGAAAGAAGAAAAUAGCAAACUCAAAAAAUACAUCGAAGUUCUAGAAAAAAGAAUUACAGUCCUAGAAAACGCAGUCUACAAAGAAAAGAAAGACGAAGGGAAAAUACCUUACACCACUGACCCUCAGGAACACCUGAAAGAAAUAAAAGUAAGCCUAGAUAGACAAAUGACGGAUUUCAAGACCGAAACCAAGGAAAUGCUGACUAUCGGUCUUGCAAACAGAAGUCAUGCCCCUGGAAAAGGAGAAAGUGCUAAAAACAGCACAAUCACAAAAGAUAGAGCCAAAGAUAAUUUAAAUAAACCAGCAGAAACGGCUCCAACAAAAUGGACGGAAGUAAUCGGGAGAAGGAAAAAGAGCAACUCCAAAGAAACUGCAAAACAAGACGAAAGACAGGUGACGAAGUCUCGCGACACAGAAGCAAGCAGGCAGACUACAAAAAAGAAAACUCCGGCGAGAGUAGCCAAAGACCGCGCCGUAAUCCACAUUAUAAGGGAGGAAGGCUGCGAAGUAGACUACGCGGAAAUAAUGAAAAUGGCCCGCGAGAAGAUAAACAUCCAGGAUCUGGGAAUCGGAGGAUUGAGACCGAGAACCUCAUUAAACGGUGGGCUCAUCCUAGAGAUCCCAGGGAAAGAUAUGGAGCAAAACACUAACGCAUUAGCCGGAAAGAUUACCGAACUUGUCAAAGAAUCUGCGAGGAAGAAAAGCUACCCUCCUCACACAGGAUGGGAANCGAUAAACAAACCGGACGCAGCUCUGAUAAGCUCCCUACUGGAAUGCGUCCAGGAAAUAGAAAUUGUGAGGACGAGAUCGUCCAACCUCCAAGGAGGAUAUAAAAGGAAACUAAAAAUCGCGGAAGAAACGAUUAAAGAAGUAAGCUCCGAAUUUACCGGAAGGAAGAACGGAAAGAAGACUAAGACUGAGAACCUAGUACUGAAAGAAGAAAAUAGCAAACUCAAAAAAUACAUCGAAGUUCUAGAAAAAAGAAUUACAGUCCUAGAAAACGCAGUCUACAAAGAAAAGAAAGACGAAGGGAAAAUACCUUACACCACUGACCCUCAGGAACACCUGAAAGAAAUAAAACUAAGCCUAGAUAGACAAAUGACGGAUUUCAAGACCGAAACCAAGGAAAUGCUGACUAUCGGUCUUGCAAACAGAAGUCAUGCCCCUGGAAAAGGAGAAAGUGCUAAAAACAGCACAAUCACAAAAGAUAGAGCCAAAGAUAAUUUAAAUAAACCAGCAGAAACGGCUCCAACAAAAUGGACGGAAGUAAUCGGGAGAAGGAAAAAGAGCAACUCCAAAGAAACUGCAAAACAAGACGAAAGACAGGUGACGAAGUCUCGCGACACAGAAGCAAGCAGGCAGACUACAAAAAAGAAAACUCCGGCGAGAGUAGCCAAAGACCGCGCCGUAAUCCACAUUAUAAGGGAGGAAGGCUGCGAAGUAGACUACGCGGAAAUAAUGAAAAUGGCCCGCGAGAAGAUAAACAUCCAGGAUCUGGGAAUCGGAGGAUUGAGACCGAGAACCUCAUUAAACGGUGGGCUCAUCCUAGAGAUCCCAGGGAAAGAUAUGGAGCAAAACACUAACGCAUUAGCCGGAAAGAUUACCGAACUUGUCAAAGAGAAACCGGCCCGGACCAAGAGAUUAAGGUCGGAACAAUCCGGAAGAAUGCACGCGGCACAAGCUCUGUUUCACUUAGAUGCAAGAGAGAAACCGCCCUUAAACUUCUAA